GACCUAACCACCACCCUCCCAUUUCCUCUCCACCUUCCUCUCACCUCUCUCUCUUUAUAUCUCUCCCUAUUCCUUUUUAUUAUCACCAUUAAUACCAACAAAAAAAAAAUCACAAACAUUUUGAAAUCCCAAAAAAUUCACUAGAAUAUACAAACUAUCCCCAAAAAAAUUCUUUGUAUCCCAAUAACCAUUAGAAACUACCUCAAAAAGUUGGAAUUUUGAAAAAAAAAACACAACUUUUUUGUACCUAAAAAACCAUUAGAAACAACCCCAAAAACUUGGAAUUCUUGAAAAAAAAAAAUUACAACUUUUUUUUGUAUAUCCCAAAUACCAUUACAAACAACCCCAAAAAGUUGGAAUUCUUGAUAAAAAAAAAAAAUUACAACUUUUUUUUUUGUAUAUCCCAAAUACCAAUACAAACAACCCCCAAAAGUUGGAAUUCUUGAAAACAAAAAAAUCACAACUUCUUUGUAUCCCAAAAAGUUACCAUUUUUUUAUGGGCAAGAAAAUGAAUCUUGGUUCAUGGCAAUGGCCUUCUUGUACUCAUUCCAAGACUCAAUCUUUUAGAGCAAACCACAUUUUCAAGACUAUAAAUUCAAUCUUUUUAGACCCUUCAAACACUGAUCAUCAUCAUGGGGUUGUUGAAAUUGAAACCACACCAGAAUCUUGGUUCACAAAUUCUUCAGAAUCAGCAAGUUUUUCAACAGAGUCUGAAGAAACAGGGGAACCAUUAAUGGAGUUAAUCAUUAAAGGGGUUCGCUCCGAAAGACUGUUCUUUGAGCCAAAUUGUACUAGCUCAUCAAUCUUACAACAUCAGGAUCAGAAUCAGAAUCAGAAUCAGAGUCAGAGUCAGGAGAAAUUAAAAGAAAUUGAACAAGAUGUUGAUGAAGAAUUGCCAUUUAAGGAAAGUGUGGCAUUGGCAUUGGAGUCAGAGGAUCCAUAUUUGGAUUUUAAGAAAUCAAUGGAAGAAAUGGUGGAUACACAUGAGAUUAAAGAUUGGGAAUCUUUACAAGAAUUAUUACAAUGGUAUUUGAAGAUGAAUGGAAAAAUCAAUCAUGGUUUUAUUAUUGGUGCUUUUGUUGAUUUACUUAUUGGAUUUACACCUUCUAAUUGUGAUUCAAUUACUUGUUAUUCUUCUGCUGCUUCUUCUUUUUCUGCUCCUUCUUCUCCUCUAUCUUCAAUUGAGGAGAAGGGGGAAUAGUGAUAACUAGUAAAAAAAAUUUGUAAUAUUUAUGUAUAUUUGGUAGGAUGGUGAUAAUAACAAUGUUGAUAACGGAACUAGACAAUGUUCGACUACCUGUUAAUAUUUUGCUCUA